AUGGCACACUGGAACUUACGCGUGCCGUCACAAAUAACGAACGUUCCGGAUACGCUAAUUCAUGUGAUCUCAUCAGUUUCAUUUAUACACUGCCAGAUUAAUUUGGAAAGAAAAAUGUCGGACGGUGCACAGACGACAAAAGCUGUACAGGAGGUGACGGAAGGAGUAAAGGACGUCAAGUUGGAGAACGGGAAUGCGUCGGGAGCAGUCAAUGGAACAUCCAACAAAGAGGACGGUUCAAUAUCAUUCAAGGAAGCGUUUAAGGCGUUUUCAAAGUUUGGGGAUCCAAAGUCAGAUGGUAAAACCAUUACGCUCUCACAAAGCGACAAGUGGAUGAAGCAAGCAAAGGUGAUCGACGGUAAGAAGAUCACGACCACAGAUACAGCUAUUCACUUCAAAAAAUUGAAGUCUUUGAAACUCGGCAGCGAUGACUAUCAGAAAUUUCUUGACGAUUUAGCUAAAAGUAAAAAGGUUGAACUAAGCGAAAUACUCAAGAAGCUGACUAGCUGUGGACAACCUGGAGUCGUUACACACGUGACCAAAUCUCCUGCAGCCGCAGCAGCUGUCGACCGAUUAACGGACACAAGCAAGUAUACCGGAUCACACAAGCAAAGGUUCGACGAAACUGGCAAAGGCAAAGGCAUAGCCGGCAGAAAGGACGUCGUUGAUGCUUCUGGGUACGUCUCGGGAUACCAACAUAAGGAUACGUACAACAAAGGCAACUAA